GCAAAAACCCAGCCUGGGAGGGAGGUGAGCCCAGACUGGCCUUCCCUGGCACAGAGCCAGUCAGGCGAAGGAAGCAGUGGGCCCCUCCCUUCCCUGACUCAACCCCCUCAUGACAACAAAACAGCUCCAAUGGGUGCACUAGGAGCCCAGUAGAGAGAAGCCCAUGUGGAAGGGGACUCAGAACAAGUGGAAUUCAGCAGGAUGACUCCUCACGGCCAGGCUGAGGGGAGGGGGCCCGGGCCCGCACUGAGGCAUCAAGACUUCUCAAAAUUUACCAGAAGGCGGCGGUGCUGUAGGAAGGGGAUACAGCUGGCGCUGGUGGGGCUGGUGACUGCAGCUCUGUGGGCCGGGCUGCUGACUCUGCUUCUCCUGUGGCAUUGGGACACUCUACGAAAUCUGAAACAGCUGGAAGAGAAUGCUGCCCGGAACGUCACUCAGGUCUCCAAGGACUUGGAAAGACACAAGGGUGACGAGAUGGCUCAGAAAUCCCAGGCUGCCCAGAUGUUGCAGAAUAUGGAGAGGAUCCAAGCUGAACAGAAGAGAAUGGAAUCUCAGGAGUUUGAGCUCUUCCAGAACCUGGAUGGUCUUCGUGCUGAUCUGAGCAACCUGAAAUCUCUGAAUAUGAACGAGAGACGCAUGGCCUUGGAGUCCCUGGAAAGACUGCAGGAGGAGAUACAGAAGCUGUGGGUAGAGCUGCGCGAGUCCAACGACAGCCGUGGGGAGGACGCCCUUGGCCACAGCCCUCCCGGAGGAUUGCCCGACCCAGCCAGGGGGCCGGAGGGGGGUCACCCCUGCAGCAGUGGGGACACUGGGGACCACGGCGUCUUCCCCAGGGGUGGCACUGAUGGAGGCAAUGCUGCCCAGGCCCCCGGAGAGAUGCUGCCACCCACCCUGCCCAUGGUACCCAUGCUGCCCACCACGGUGCCCGCCACGAUGCCCACCACGGCCCCUGCCACGGUGCCCACCACAGUGCCGACCACGGCCCCCACCACAGUGCCCGCCAUGGUGCCCACCACAGCCCCUGCCACGGUGCCCACCACAGUGCCGACCACGGCCCCCACCACAGUGCCUGCCACGGUGCCCACCAUGACCCCUGCCAUGGUGCCCACCACAGUGCCCGCCACGGUGCCCACCACGGCCCCUGCCACGGUGCCCACCACAGUGCUGACCACGGCCCCCGCCACAGUGCCCACCAUGGUACCUGCCACAGCGCCCACCACAGCCGCCCCCCUCAGCCUCUCCUCCACCCCAGGCUCCACGUGCAACACGUGCCCUGAGAAGUGGGUCAGUUUCCAAAGGAAGUGUUACUACUUCGGCGAGGGCGCCAAGAAAUGGAUCCAGGCCCGCUUUGCCUGCAGCAACUUGCACGGGCGGCUGGUCAGCAUCCACAGCCAGGAGGAGCAGGACUUCCUGACCAAACAUGCUAACAAGAGGGGCUCCUGGAUUGGCCUCCGGGACCUGGACAUUGAGGGGGAGUUCAUCUGGAUGGACAAGAAACCCCUGAACUAUAGCAACUGGCAGCCAGGGGAGCCCAACGACGCGGGGCAGGGCGAGAACUGCGUGAUGAUGCAGGUCUCUGGGCAGUGGAACGAUGCCUUCUGCAACAACCGGCUGGACGGCUGGGUGUGCGACCGGCUGGCCACAUGCUGAGCUCCCUCCUGCUCUGCCCCCUCGGCCCUGGGUCCCCUGGGAGGUGCCCCAAGAUGUGGACCCCGACAGCCCCCUGCCUGCUCGCCGGGUGUACCCCUCUGCACCCCUCCCCCGCUUCAAAUAUGGGAACAGCCUAGCCCACCCUGUGAUACUGAGGACCCCAACCAAGGCCUGGAUGCCCCUUUUUGUGGCUGAAGAGUCCAGAUGACAUCUCCUCCCAACCCAACAGAAGCAGCUGACUAGUCAUCCCCGAUUCUGGCCAACACUCCAGAGGGCUUUUCCCUUGCUCCUCAGCCCAGCGGCCAUCACCCCUUUCCUGCCCUCGAGUGCCUGGAGUUCCCACCUGAGUUCCCACUUUGAGAACCCCUACCCGCAAGCCUGGAGGUUAGAAGCCCCCUCCCCACUGGGGCACAGUGCCUGGCAGCCCAGCCCUGCAGGGAGCUGCAGAGGAAACUUCAGACUCCUGCGUUCUUCCUCCACCUCCACCUCACCAUCUCCUGAUGCAGCGCGUGUGUCCUGCAGCAAAGGACAGAGACCCCCAGCUCAGCCAACCCGUCCUCCCUGCCCGCCCCGUGUCAAUAACAUGAGGUGAUGAUGGCCCCUCGGACUGGCCCCUCCUCGGGGCCUCACUGGCUCUAGCCUCCAGGUGUGCAACGUGGGAGCUGGGAGUUCCUGGUGCCUGAGGACACCUCUGAGUAUGUGGAACUGAAGUAGCGUUCAUACAUCCCCACUUUUCCCCCCCUACUUUAUUAUAAGCAUUUACUCAGCAGGGCCCAGAGAUGAAGAAUGGGGUUCAGUGGAGCAAAGAGUACCCCUAGACCCCCAGGAAUAUAGUUGGGCAGGACAGUGGACCACCUGAACCUAGUUCCCAGCCCAGAAGCGGGAUGGCUGGAGAGGCUGGUGGAGAGGUGGCCAGAUGACCUGGCAGCCAGUUCAGAUCCUGAGGUGCUGGCCCCGUCCCUACUCAGACAGCACCAGCCCCAGGCUUGGCACAGGUCCGCCCCCAACCUCUGGGAGUCCGUAGGCGGCAGACCCGGAUCUCAGGCUGCCCAUGGUUAAGGGCCUCACUGCCCACCCCACCCCCAGUUCCUCGCCUAGAAAAGGAAGAGGUGGACGUGCUCACGUGAUUCUUGGGCCCACUCGAGAAAGAGGAACCCAUGAGGAGAGACUCACACUGGAUCACCCAGGACCUGGGAGUCAAGGGCCAGGCCAAGCCAAGCCCCAGCCAUGUGGACGGGGUGCUGGGGAGGGUACCCUGGGGUUUAGGAUGGGGCGGGGACAGAGCUGGCCCCUUGGAGCGAAACAUGGGCUGGAACCCCCAGUGACCUGUUAUCUCUCCCCACCCCCCCACCCCCAGACUUGUCUCCCCCAGACCUCCUCAGAACUCCAGGCCAGUGCACAGCUGCCCACCCCGGCUCUCCUUGCAGAAGCUCCGGCCCCAGCCUCCUAGUUACUCAGGCCAGCACGGGGUCACCCUCGCCACCUCUUUCUCUCACCACCCCACCUCCAAACCCGUAAGAAAAGGCCAUGGGCUCAGGAAGUCAAGCCACUUCUUACUCGCUCUUGCCACGGCCUUUGUGUAGCCCCAAUCUUCAAUCAGCCUGGCCGCCCUCUUCACUGCCCCAAACUUCCCAGAAGUGUCUUCCCAGCUCAGAGAAAGACAAAGUUCUCCAGGGUCCUUUGUGAUGGCAGAACCCCUCCACGCACCCGACCUCCCCCAACCCCAGCCUCCUCACCGUUUCUUCAACAUUUAGGCUCACUGCCACCUCAGGGCCUUUGCACAUGCUGCUGCCUCCAGCUCCUCAGUGAAGCCUGUCCUGAGCUCCCCUCCAUCCCACUUAAAAUGACACCUCCUGACACCCCAUCCCUUUUACCCCCCCUGUACUUUCAUCGCGGCCCCCUUCUCUCAGCAGAAUGUAUGAUCUACUUCAUCUGUUUGUUUCAGGAGGGCAAGGGCCUUUGUUUUGUUCUCAGCUGUGUCCCCAGAGCCUGGCACACAGGAGGUGCUCAAUAAAUAUUUGUUGCCUUAA